GGUCUGAUCCACCGCACGCAGGAGGCGCUCCGGUGAAGUUGUGGCUCCGGUUGGACGCAAGUUUUUUAUUUGCGCGCACGGAAGAAAAGAAAAGGACCGAACAAAAAAAAAGAAAAGGUGGAUCAUAUAUCUGCUACUGUGGACGCGCCGAGAGCUCAGAGAACCAAGCUGCACGAAAUGAGAUCUUUGUCGAGUGGACGAGUAUAGUUAGAAAGUGACGGCUGCUGGCAGAGAGGAGCUGCUUUUUUGCUUUUCGGUCGGACCGUUGUCCUCAGGCAGCUGCUAUUUCAAUGUGGGAUACAGUUUUGGUGCUUUCGCCAGGCUGAAAUCCUCCAGGGUCAGGACCUCCCUCAUGGCAGCCUUACUCCUCGGGCUGCUGCUCUUUGCAAUGCAGUCCCCCCCCCUCCCCUCCAGGCCGAUGGCUGACGGGGGGCCACCUUCGCCUCCCACCGCGUCGCCCACUGACAACGGGACCACCAGCCACCCCAACGGGACCCUCCAACAGCUUCCUCAGAUCCUCAUUAUCGGCGUGAGGAAGGGGGGGACGCGGGCGUUGAUUGAGAUGCUCAGCCUGCACAGUGCCGUGGCCGCCGCUCAGAACGAGGUGCACUUCUUUGACUGGGAGAGCCACUUUCAGAAGGGCUUGUCUUGGUACCUCAGCCAGAUGCCCUACGCAUUCCCGGACCAGCUGACAGUGGAGAAGACGCCAGCCUACUUCACCUCCAGCAAAGUCCCCAAACGUAUCCAUCAGAUGAACCCUGACAUCAAGCUGCUGCUCAUCCUCAGAGACCCCACGGAGCGUGUGCUCUCGGACUACACGCAGGUGUUUUACAACCGUCUCCAGAAGCACAAGCGCUACCAGCCCAUCGAGUCAGUGCUGGUGAAGGAUGGUGAGAUCAACCUGGGAUACAAGGCUCUCAAUCGAAGCCUCUACUAUGUUCACAUGCAGAACUGGCUGCACUACUUCCCGCUGGAGAGCAUUCACGUUGUGGACGGGGACGAGUUGAUCAGGGACCCCUUCCCUGAGAUGAAAAAGGUGGAAAGGUUCUUAAAGCUGGAACCCCAGAUAAACGCUUCAAAUUUUUACUUCAAUAAAACUAAAGGAUUCUACUGUUUAAGAGACCACGGGCGAGAGAGGUGUUUACACGACUCAAAAGGCAGGGCUCACCCUCACGUGGCUCCUGCCAUCCUGCAGAAACUCUACCAAUUCUUUCACGAACCCAACAAGAAGUUCUUUGAGCUGGUGGGUCGAACGUUCAACUGGAAAUGAACUUGCGAGCCUCAGCGUUUUGGUGUAGAGUUGCUUGGGGACGAUCUCCUGUUUUCCCUCACUAACAGCGUAGAUGAAGAGACAAAGCUAAUGUAAAUUUAAACUAAAUCUAUUUUUAUACUAGUGCGUUUGUUACAGGAGGACGAUCGAGCCAAAUAUCAGGGCAGGCUGCAGAUCAUGACACACAUUUUACUGUCUUUCUGUACCGUUAGAAACACUCACUACUGUUCGACUCGUCUGAUCAAAGCAGACGACUUAUUAUGACAUUGAUGAUGACAUUCAGACUUGAGACUGUGCCAGUUAAUGUGUUACAUAAAGAUAAGUGCUGAGCGGUUUAAUAUUGUCAUACCUUCUCGUCUCACUUCAUAUAAUAUGGCAUUAUUAACGUCUAACUGCAUUUGGAGCUCUGAAGGACCUAUACCUGCUGCUAUGAUUUUCUCAGUCACUUUCAGGCACACGCCAUACUGAAUAUGGAUUUGUUCUUUUCGUUACUCCAGUUUUUCCUCAUGUAAGAGUCAGUUAUAUAAACACUGUGUGCACAUCAUAUAUUGCUGAUCAUUACAGUGUACUGUAAAUGUUUUUUUUUAAAGUUAAGAAUUAAUACCAUAAUAAAGAUGUAUUUUAUUUUUA